GUAAUUACUCGUAAAUCUGCAGUCAGAUUAGAUUAGCAACACAAACAUAUUUGUUCACCUCCUUUCCUCAUCUAGCAUCUCCCUCUGACUCUCCCAUCUUCUUUCCUCUAAUUCAAUCAAAUUCCCCAACCCCUAAUUUCUCUCUCCUUAAUUCCCAAUUCUACUACUUCUUCAAUCAAUCUAAUGAUUCCCUCUUUUCUUCUUCCCCAAUUUAAACCCUAAUUCCUUUUCCACUCUCUCUCCUCCCCCAAUUCACCAUUCUUGGGAGGAGAGAAGCUUUCAACAAUGGCGGAAAUCUCACCCUCUUUACCUCCUCCAACCUUUGACGACUUCACAUGGUACGGUAACAUCCAGUACCUUCUCAACAUCUCCGCAAUCGGAGCUCUUUCAUGUGUGUGCAUCUUCCUUCUUGUUAAGCUUCGCAGCGAUCACCGCCGUAUUCCCGGCCCUUUCUCUCUCCUGUCGAAGCUCCUCGCUGUUUGGCAUGCCACUGCGCGCGAGAUCGCGCUCCAUUGCGGUGCUGAUGCGUCGCAAUUCCUCGUGAUCGAAGGCGGUACCUUUGCCACCCUCUCUGCUACUUCUGUUGUUGCUUUGUUCGCGGUUUUGCUCAAUAUCUAUGCAGGGAAUGCGGCGAUGGAUGAUGUAUUCUCGAAAACGACGAUUACCCAUAUUGCGAAAGGUUCGUUUCCUUUGUGGGUUCAUUUUGUUUUCAUGGUUUGUAUUGUGUAUUUGGUGCAUAGAGGUGUUUUUAAGGUUGAGGAAUGGUUGAAAUUCACUAGGUUUAGAGAUAGUAAUGGAUAUCCUAGUGACCCUAGUGCGAUUUCGAGUGCGAUUUUUACUAUUAUGGUGCAGGGUGUGCCUAAGAGUUUGGCUACUGAUAAGACUCCCUUUGAGGAGUAUUUUCAGUCUAAGUAUCCUGGGAAGGUUUAUAGGGUGAUUGUUCCUAUGGAUUUGUCGAAUUUGGAUGAUUUGGUGGAGGAUUUGGUUAGGGUUAGGGAUGAUAUUUCCAAGUUGGUGGCAAAGAUGGAUGCUCGUUUUGUGUAUGGUGAGGACGAAGAGGAGGGUGAGUAUAUGGGAUAUUAUGAGGGAGGGGAUGGUGUUUGGGGGAAGGUGAGGGUGUGGGGGGAGGUGUGUGAUAGAUUGGGUUGGACCGAUGAGAAGAGGUUGAGGAGGUUGCAGGAGUUGAGAGCUGAUCUCGAGACUCAGGUGGCUGCGUAUAAGGAAGGCGCAGGACCAGGAGCAGGGGUUGCUUUUGUGGUUUUCAAGGACGUGUAUACUGCAAACAAGGCUGUCCAGGAUUUUGGGACGGAGAAGCGAAUGAGGAUUGGGAGGUUCUUUUCGUUAACUGAGUUGCAGCUGCAAAGGAGUCAGUGGAGAGUGGAACGAGCGCCUUUGGCAACUGAUAUAUAUUGGCGUCAUUUAGGUUCAACAAAAGUAUCCUUGAAAUUGCGGAGGGUUAUUGUGAAUACCCUUUUGUUAUUGAUGCUCUUGUUCUUCAGCUCCCCUCUUGCUGUGAUAUCUGCUUUACAGAGGGCUGGAAGGAUUAUCAAUGCAGAAGCCAUGGAUAAUGCUGAAUCAUGGUUAUCUUGGCUGCAAAGCUCAAGUUGGAUCGCAGCAAUAUUUCUUCAGUUCUUGCCUAAUGUGCUUGUGUUUGUGAGCAUGUAUAUACUAAUCCCAGCAGCUUUGUCCUAUCUCUCCAAGUUUGAAAAGCACCUUACUGUUUCAGGGGAACAAAGGGCUGCACUGAUCAAAAUGGUUUGCUUCUUUUUGGUAAACCUAAUAGUUUUAAGGGGUUUGGUUGAGUCUUCUCUUGAGAGCACAAUCCUGAGCAUGGGGCGAUGUUACUUGGAUGGGGAAGAUUGCAAGAGGAUUGAGAAUUAUAUGAGUGCUUCCUUUUUGGCUAAAUCAUGCCUUUCGUCACUUGCAUUUCUGAUUACUUGCACUUUCCUGGGUAUAUCUGUUGAUUUACUUGCGCCAAUUCCAUGGAUAAAGAGAAAUCUGCAAAAGUUUCGUAAGAAUGACAUGCUUCAACUAGUACCUGAACACACUGAAGACUAUCCACUAGAUUCUGAUGUAAUUGAUACCCUUCGCAGACCUUUGAUGUCCGAAGAAGAAUUUGAGCCUGCAGUUAGAAAUGGUGGAAGGUUGAAUGUGAUUGAUUUACAGGGACAUGAUCUCUCUGUCUAUCCAGUUAGUGGAGCUUCACCCAUGCCUAAGCAAAACUUCGAUUUUGCUCUGUAUUAUGCUUUUAACCUCACCAUUUUUGCCCUUACAAUGAUCUACUCCUCAUUUGCUCCCCUUGUGGUUCCAGUUGGUGCUAUUUACUUUGGUUACAGGUACAUGGUCGAUAAGUACAACUUCUUAUUUGUGUACCGAGUUCGGGGUUUUCCUGCUGGUAACGAUGGAAAACUGAUGGAUACAGUAUUAUCAAUCAUGCGCUUCUGUGUGGAUCUUUAUCUGAUCUCUAUGCUCAUCUUCUUUUCAAUACAUGGGGACUUGAUGAAGCUACAAGCAAUAUUCACGUUAGGUGUGUUGGUGAUGUAUAAACUGUUACCAUCAGUAAGCGAUGGCUUUCAGCCUGCCAUCUUACAAGAUGUGCAGACUGUUGAUCGUGUUUUGGAAGGGCCGAUUGAUUAUGAGGUGUUCUCACAACCUAGGUUUGAUUGGGAUACAAUUUAUAGUUGAUACGAGGUUUCUACACUUGCAGAUUGAAUUCCUCUUGUUCAUAAUGUAUAAAUCUGUCAUGGGUUUGCAAGUGAGUACACGGUUACUACUUUUUUGGUUCAUGUACAUAAUUCUUAUUGCUUAUAUUUAGAUAUAUUCUUUUUACUUCAGUGAUUCAGUCGUGCAUACAUUUCUUUGUUUUCUGUAUUUGCUUUUGGUCAUUUGCCCCCUUUAGAAUUUCACAUGCGCAAAAAAAAAAAAAAAAAAAAAAAAAAAAAAAAAAAAAAAAGGUUCUAGGAGAGAAGAUUAUCCCGAGUCAUUAGAUUGAAAGAAAAGAAAGAAAACCACCGUAUAUUGUUAAACUCCGCCCAUAAGGCAGUAAGCCAGUAACUAGAUCGUCCAGUUACUAGAGAGGAUCUCGGUCUUUUCACUAAUUCCGAAAUGCAUUGGAUCUGUUUUGGGUAAUAUAUUCAAUUAUACAGGGAUUGCAAACCCGCCCAUGUGAGAUAUGAAGAAACUGGCUGUCAGAUGAUUUUUUCUGUAAUCUAAGGUGGCUGAGACAUUAAAACUGCGAAUUUAUUCAUGAGAUUCAUGUGCAGAACGAGUUAUAAUAUACUUAUUUCUAAGUGUAAAAAAAGAUGAAAAAGAAAAUGAAUAGAAGAGAAAAGAAAACAGAAGUUUCCUACUAUAAAUGAGGAUUUGGUCAAUGCUUCUCCCUAAAUCCACUCUCAACCAAGCAAAACAUUCUACUCUUGUUGCUUUAAGAGACCAUUAUGGCCCAACUCCUACUAAUUCCAUACUUAUAAAGCAUAAUUAUCUCUCUAAAAUGUGGCUAAUUUUAAUCUUUGACACUCCUGUUUAUAUAUGCCACAUGAAUGUCUUGUGAAUAAAGGAGUUAAGUGGCAUAUAAAGUCAUCACCACGACGUUUUCGAGCUUCUUGAGGUGUGUUAAAUUUUCAGAGGAGAUCAAAGAGAAUGAGAGGUAAAGUUACGAAGAACAGUCUAAGGGAUUCAAUUGAGUUAGAGCAGUCAAAUGGCGGAAGCAAGAACCGACCUGUUUGUCCAAAGCCACGUCGCCCUGUUACCGCCAUCCCUGAAGUUCUCAAGCCUCCUAGAUGCACCAAGAACAGGCCAACAAAUCAGCCAAAUAGGGAUGGAAGGAACACAAUUUUGAGCUUGCUAGAAGAAAAGAGGUUAAAUGAAGGAUAUGCAUCUACUUGUAGUGGUUGUUCUCCAUCCUAUUCCGGAUCUCCUCCAGGAAGAACGGGUAACCCGAUUAUCCAUGAUGUACAGUUCAUCCAUCAAAUGGAGCUUUUCUCUCCUUUGUACAAUGCUCUCUGAAAAUAAAAAAGUCGGAUUCAACUCUCUAGCUAGCCUCACCAAAUCGAACGGCAUUUAUACCAUGGUUUUGUUAGGGUAAAUAAUAUAGAUAGUCACACACAAAAGUGAUACGUGUAGAUGUGUUUGAUCUCACAUUUUAAGUAUUACACUCUAAAGUUAAUACUCGGCAAGGUAAAAUGGUAAAUAAUUAGUUGAACAAGAAACUAUUGUAUUCUUGUAGUUUUAUGAUGAAGCUAAUUUUUUAUGUAUGUAUAUACAAAGUAUAUAAUAAAGUUAAUAAAUUUUUUUUUAGAUUAUGCAUUUGGUUUUUUUUAUUUGUAUAGUAGAGAAAAUAUAUAGUAAUUUCUGGAAUGUUUUGCAAACUGCAAUUUAUAACAUAGCACAACCAAAACUGAGGAUCAUGUCGAUCAAGAAUCAAUCUGCAGUAAACAAAUUAAACAACAAAUUGGACAAAAUUUGAGAUGGGAGUAAAACAGUCAACUUUAAAGGCAACCAAAUAUGAAAUAACCUUUUUUUUACAGUAACUAAAUUAAACACAUAGACGAUUUCAAAAAAAAAAAAAAAAAAAAAAAAAAAAAAAA